GUCGCACGGUGGUCAUCAUCUCUCGUGAUCUCGGCGUCGUGGGUGCUUCGUCGCUCCGGGACCCUCCUCCUCUCUGCUGCUUCUACUGCUCUGCCAUUCAUUUCAUCAGCUGGAUUUGUAAGCUCGGUUUAGGGUACCUGUUCUCAGAGGAGUUUUGAUUUUCGAUGGGGAUUGGUGACGAUUCUCGGAGGGAAGGGCAGGCAGGGUGUGUUUAGGCGGUUUUUCUGCAGAAUUUGACUUUCUGAUAGGUUUUGCAUGCGAAUUUGGUGCAAAACCCUAAAACCCUUUGCAGGUGGUGAAGAUUUGAACAGUGUCAUUCACACUACCUUCCAAUUGGAAAUGCGGUACUGAAUGUCGGUUGAUGUGAUGAAAGUGAACUGAUUUUGCGGCAAGAGAGCGUCGGAGACAGUUGGAUUUUCUGUGUGAUGCGGCUGGCUGGUUUCCGGAAGAACUGUUGAACAAAAGAAUGGGCUCUCCUUUAACAUGGGCGCGCUACUUCUUGACUAAAAUUAGGGUUUCCUUUGCGCAAAGUCUGAGGAGCUAUGAGGUAGGAGAUAUUAAGGAGAAGGAAAUUUACGAUCAUGUCUUUAAGAACGUACUUAAGGGGCGCCUAACUUUCAAGCAUAUGAUUAAAGGUACAGAAAUGACUCCCACAUUUGCGAGUCAAGGAGAGACAUUACUUAUUCGCUCUCUUCCGCGACCGAGUCCAAGAUCGGUGUUUGUGGGGGAUGUGGUGAUGCUGAAGGAUCCACAAAAUCCAGAAACAAAGUUAGUACGAAGAAUUGCAGCAUUGGAAGGAGAGGAGAUGGUUUCAUUGAGUGCUGAAGAUGAGCCUUUCAAGCUCGCUCCUGGAACAUGUUGGGUGCUUUGUGACAACGAGAGUAUAAGUCCCAAGAGUGUGGGCUUACAGGAAAGCAGGGAUAGUCGGAGUUUUGGACCUUUGCCUUUGAGUAACAUAGUCGGGAGGGCCAUUUACGGCACACGCUCUCCAGUUGACCAUGGUUUUGUGGUGAACAGUGAUGAUGCUAUGCAUGCUGAUUCACCAGUAUUGGCGGUUGAACUUGACGUUGAAGAACUGACAACCGAGAAGUGAUGUUUUGCAUUGGUGUGAGGGGUUAAUGACUGAUUUUAAGAUACCUUGUCCAGCAAGAAUUUUCACAUCUGUAGAGGCUCGGAGGUGAGAUGCAUGAAUCAUGAGGUGCUGCAUAUCGUAGGUGUAGGAUAUAACCAUACAGACUCUGGAGAGAACACCAUGUGGUUGCUUGCUGCCAUCAUCUUCGGCGGCCAUUAUCACAACUACGUCGGUAGUAUCUUUAAUCGUAUAAUUUUUCUUUCGAAAUCAGGUAGAAGACUGUCCCAUCAUUGGUGGAGUCAUCGUGCUCGAUAGGUGGACAGCCAUUCAAUGGUUGUGACGACCUAUCCUUGUACACGUUCAUGGUCACUUGGAUGCCUAAAUUUGAUGUAUUUUGCUGCUGCA